UGUUACCCGACUUGGACAGCAACCAUAAGGGAAGGCUCACGAUUCAUUGCACACACUUUGCAUGUGAGUGUCUGCAAUGACUUUCACUAACUUUCCUAGCGUGUAUUCGUCGGAUUCGGGCUUCUCUAUUCUUCCAGUCCAUACACAUGUUGAAGAUCCUUUGAACGAUUUGACCUUACAGGCUUUCAAUCAGUUUGUUAAUGAAGAUGUUGAGAUGCAGGCACCUCUUUCAGAGAGCGGCGCAUUCGUAGUGGUGGACACGAACAUAUUGCUACAUGAUUUUGAUGUCCUGGUUCAAUUCGUCGAAGACAUUGAAAGAGAAAAUGUUUCGGUAAUUGUUAUCAUCCCUGGGGUGGUCAUCCAGGAACUAGAUGGACACAAACACAAUCAGUCAUUGAGAUGGUUUGCCAGACGAUCUUCUACUUGGCUGUUGAAGAAGGUCCAGGAAAGGCGGUCCGUGAAAGGACAGGCGACUGAGGAGACUCUUAGACGAUCAGGCAACUGGAGAGUCGCGCUGCGGGAUGAGGUCCAGAAAGAUGGUGACAGAGGCAACGAUGAGCUGAUCGUCGAUUGCUGCAAGUAUUUCGCACUAAUCCGCCGCACUGUCCUUUGGAGUGGCGACAAGAAUCUUUGUAUUGACGUGCAUGCCGAAAGAACCAUUGGCGCAUUGUCUACUGAUCAUCGCCAAUGGACAAGUCGCUAUCUCAUUGGUGUCAUUUUUGAAAACACUCUCGACCCGAACAGAUUCGCAUCUGAGAAACCGACAUAUAAAAGAGACACGCGCAUUGUCGAAGAAACGAGCCAGCUUCCAAGCCAUACACGAGACCCUGACGGCAUGGACAUCGAUGAAGAGGAUGAUGACGGUCUGGUCAUCAUUCGAACAGACGCUCGCGAUCUCCUUCACGUCCAAGUUGUCAAUCACUUCUCUAUGCUGUUGGCUCAACUUGUUCUGCGCGUUGGGAAUGCCGAAAUACGCUCAUACCAGCCACGCUCGGUGUCCAGAUAUGCUCCUGAAUGGCAACAGAAUAGGAAACCGAUUGUGGAUUGGAAUGUUUCUGAGCUGUUGGAGUAUCUGGAUGGUAAGAAAUGCCGCGAGGCUACGAACCCCAAACUGGAGUGGUUCCUGCAGCUUCCCCCUAGUUAUCGACCAGACCCAAAAAGCAAUGAUUCACGUGGCUCGCGAAGAGGACAAGAUUGGUCGCGAACAGACUGGUUGAAUGCGCUUGGUAGUCUGAAGAAAAUUGGGAUUGACUGGGUAGAUACUCCCAUUCAAGAAUCCCUGGCUAUGUUAGAGCGAGAAUUAUCAUUCGUGUUUUCACAGGGGAUGGUAAUCAUAUGAGCAGUUCUGGUACAUACAUUUAUUAAACUGUUAGGCUAUCUGGCAUACAUUGUGUGGCUGGAAACAAGCUGGAUAACGCUGGAUUUGUCUCGAC